AUGGCUGCAACUAUGGGUGACUCGAUGAUGAGCAACUCGAGGAAGCCGACCGGCAUGAAGGGGAAGGUGCAUGACCUGGCCACGACUCUUCAGUCUCAGAACGAGGAGCUGGGCAUUGAAAAAGGCCAUGUACACAACAUCAAGGCUGAGAACGCCAAUUCAUCCUCAGGCAUGCAAGGGCAGCUCAAUGACAUCAAGCGGUACUUUGCAGCAGACGUGCAAAGGAUGGUGGAAGAGUUCAAGGUGCAGCAGAAGCUGCAGGAGGCUGAGAACGUCCGCCUUCAGCAGCAGGUCACCCAGCUCAAAGGCGAAAAGACAUCUGUCCAUCAGCAGAUCAUUGCUCUGCAGCCGCUCGAUUGCACCUAUGAUCGCCUAUGUGCCAUUACUUUGGCUGUUGCCCUGUUGCCGCUGCACUAUGGACUAUUGCCUGUUCG